UAAACAUCAUAGGUGUCGCCCUAUGCUGAUCAUGUGAUGAAACAGACGAAAAAAUGGCGCUAAAAAGGGAGGCUGCAAGACAGAAAUACUUAGAAGUUUUUGAAUUAGAUACAAAUGCAACUGAUGAAGAUAUCAAGAAAGCAUAUAAAAAGUUAGCCUUAAUGUACCAUCCAGAUAAGAACCUGAAUGACCCAGACGCAACACAAAAAUUUCAAGAGCUGAGCAAGGCAUAUUUGGAACUGACAAAAUCGAGAGAGGCAUUUUGCACACAUUGUGGCUGUGGAUGUGAUUAUGAGGGUAGUGAUGAAGAUGAUGAUGAUGAGUAUGAGGAUGAAGAUGAUUGGUACUUUGAAAGUGAUAGUGAAGAAAUGGAUGAUAAUGUUUUCUUCUUUGGAAGAAUAUUCAUGGGUGUUUUUUCUGAGUUUAUUUUCAAGCGAAGAUUUCAGACAAGGAAAAGGCCACCCAAUCAGAGGUACACCCGUGAGGAGCAGGAGGAGGACAAUUUCUUUGAUUUCAUCUUUAGGAAAUACAGAAGACCAGAAGACAGUGAUUAUGAGCUGACAGAAGAGGAUCUGAAGAAAUUUCACUCCUAUGAUGAGUGGCUAAAGUCCAGGGAUCCAAAGAAAAGACAUAAUCAUCGCAUGCGGAAAGCAAAGAAAAAAGCCAACCGUAAGAUGCCAGGAGAGAAACCAAAAGCAGUUUCAAAGAAACAGUUGCUAGCUGAACAGCGCCGCAGAGAAAAGGAAAUGAAAGAAAUUGGAGAAAAUAUACAGUCCAAAAUUCAACAAGGAAGCAAAAAGCCAAAGAAGACUCACACUGUAGCUGACCAAUGGGAAGAAAGUAGGGUUCUAAAGGAGCUAGAGGUGAUACGAGAUGAAAACAGGAAAAGAGAAAUAGAGAUUGAAAAGGAACAGAAGAAGUAUGAAGCUCAAGAAAGAUUGAAAGAGAAAAAGAAAAAGAAAAAAGAAAUGAAAGAAAUGAAAAAGCAAACUCAGAAUGAGGCGAAGAAAAAGUUACAGGAUCAAGAGGACCUGAAACCAGUGGUUGAGAAUGUAGGAAAUACAGACAUGGUGCAGCGAUACAUGGACAAACAAAAUCGUCUGUUUGGGAGCAAAGCUGGUGAUAACCAGCGAAUAAAAAACCAAGAACUCUUCCCAAUGGGUAAUGUUCGGGCAGAUAAUGCUUGCAGAGAAAAAGAUGUAAAAUGUGGACUUCUCCAACAAUAUCUUUUUAAUGAAGACAACAACAAUAACACUGCUGUUAAUAUAACCACUACAACAUCGGAGAACACCGGAAGGGGAGAUAAAUCCAGUCUUCUUGACUAUCACCUGAAACAGUACAAGGAACUAAUGAAGGUACAGCCCAUGAGGCAUACAGUACAACAGCUCAGGGAGGAACGGACACGUCAAAAGGAAGCACAACUUCAACGGAAACACCAGGAACUUGAGAAGCUGCGGGACAAACACAAGGAAAAUUAUCAGUUAAAAACAGAAAAGAACAACCCUAAAACCAGCUUCACCUCACUGGAAGACGAGGAGUUUGAGAGAAUGCGAAAGGAGUACCUCCACAAACAACAGGAGCGGGAACGCAUGCGUAAUGAGGAGGAAAUUAUGGAAUUAAAAAACAAAAGAGCCCAGACUCAGAAAUGGGUACAGAAAGUGGAACCUGCCAAAUGGUAUGAAAAAGCUGAUCCAUUGCCUGUUAGAACAGUCCCAGAUCCUCCAGCUCCGAAGUCCAAUGUCUGGUCUACUCGACAGAAGCGCCUACAGAACAUGGAAAUGAUGCGGCCCCGCAAUGAAAUGGACGAGGAAGCCAUCUUGAGGAAGGUCAUAGAGGAAAGUCAGAAAACAGCUGAGCUGGAAGAGCAGAGGAGAAAACAGAUAGCCAACAUGAACAGAGAGAGGAGAGAAAAAGAAAAGGAACUUGCAGCCAAAACUAUUUCAGCACAGCCCAUUGAGAAGCCCUUCGUAAAACCAAAACCCAUUGAAAGUAUCUGGGAUGUUAAUGAGGAUCCUCCGUUGCCAGUGAAGUCCGCCCCAGUCAACCCCGUUAGUGUGUGGGUCAAUAAUCCACUCGUCAACACAAAGCCUGCUACGUCUGAAAACUCAUCCCAGUUACAGAAGUCCUCCACAUCCAAUGUUACCGAGGAAUCACCAAAGUAUCCAACAUUAAAACCAAGUUUCAGUAAUAUACGGCCAAAUGUUCAAUUGCACAUUCCAGAGAAGAUGGCAGCCCAUGAUGAUUGGGAUAAUGAUCUGAAGGAUCAGUUUCUUCCUCAGCGUUCACCAAGCUCAUUUCACCAAUACAUGAAAUGGCAGCCUGUAGCCAAGGCAAUGCUUGAGCAGCAGCAGGAAGAAAAACAAGCAAAGUUUGGUAACUCUGUCGAUCAGCUGGACAACUUUAACCUAAAGGAGGAUCAUCAAGUACAUCAGGUAGACAUGACUCAGGUGAGACACAAAUCUGGAAAUGAAUCAGUAGCUGGACAGACUCAAGCCAGAAAGUCUCCCUGGGGGAUGGAUGUUACCAAAGAACAUGUAGACUCUUUUACAGGGGAACCAAGAAAGCAAUCGGACCAGGGACAAAAUAUGGUUCCCACAGGAUUCAAUAAGCAAUCAGACCAACAACAAGGAAACAUUUCAUUUGGGGAGGACUGGGAGGAUGAUAUAGAUGAUGUUGUGUCAGUGUGGCCUUCUACAACACGAUUCCAUGACUUAGAAAAUAAUCCAGUCAGUAAGUGUGAGGACCAUGCACAGCACAUACACCAGCAGGUGUUGACCAGGGUUGGGAGUGUACAAAAGGUACCUAAUAGUUCAGAUAAGGAUACCAGACUUCCAGAAAGAUCCCAAAAUCUCCAAAAUUGGCCAAGUGAUCACAAAUCAUUUCAAAAAGAGAAGGACCAACAUCAAAUCGAGAAUCAAAGUGAAUGGGCAAACUCUGGAACAGUUAUUACUUCUACACAGUCAGAAGUUCCUUUACACAGUGAAUAUCCAACCCCUGAGUCACCAGCGACACAAAGACAGGGCUUCAGGACCAGUGAGGCCAGCACUACAGAGGAAAUACUAAAGGACAGGCCAAACAGGGCAGAAAGAUCUGAGAGAGUAGAGCAGGAAACCAUGAUAGAGUCUCCACAAGAGAGAGGAUCGGAACAACCAAGGCUUCAUGGACAUACCCUGCCAAGGAUGCCAAAAAAUCCACAGGCAUCUUCUGAGCAUAGUGACUGUAGUACACAAGUAAGUGGUAUGUCCAGAUCUUUGUGGAAACACCAUGUGAAGCCUCAGGUGAAACAAGACACAGAUAUGAUGCCUGAUUCACAUGUGUCACCAGCUUUGGAUGAAGAACAGAAAGAUGAAAAUCUUGAGAAGAAAAAAGAACCGGCCAGGAGCCGUCCACUUCGUCUACCUCGUCUUCCAAAAGCACUACAUGCACUGAAGAGAUAUCAACGUUCUGACAAUGUGUCUAGUCUGGACUCUUCUGUAGCAAGUAAACAGCCCUCUGUAGAGUCACAGAAAAUUUCCGGUCAUAAACUAGUACGAGAUCUCCUUAGUCAGCAAGCUGACCCAGAGUUCUUGAAAAGUCUGUCGGAAAUUGAACAAGAUGAACCAUCAUCUCUAAGUCCAAAAUCCUCGACAGGGGAGCCUCACUCUCAUGUUAAAGGAAACACAGACAUUGCCACAAGUGAGAGUAUUCAUCUGGUCACUGAUAGAAAAUCACCUGCUGUUGACUUUGGUAGUGAAACAAGGCACCAUGGCCUUCUGCAGGCUAGGUCCGAUGACGAGAGUAAUGGAGAGCCAACUAUACAUGGUAAAGAACCUGGUAACACUCUGUUGGGUCAGAGUGUAAUUCCAGACAAUACACCUGCUUCAGCUGCCCAAAUUGUCAUGCCCCAAGGUUUGCCUGGUCAAGGUGUUCUCCAGUCAUCCCUACCAAGUUGCCUGCCUGAAGGUUUACCUCCAUACUUGGUACAAGCCUACCUCCAGUACCUCAACCAGUCAUCUAAGGGAGACAACUUGGAUCCCAUCAAUAAGGUCCAGACACCAACCCCACAGAACCAAACAGAAGCUCCACUGGCUGGUUUUCCCUUAACUGCUGGUUUAGGAUUAGGUGGUAUCCUCCCUGUACCUGCCAUGAUGCCUUUUGUUGGAUUGCCAAAUCCAAUGAUGCCAACAGAAUAUAUGUUACAACAAAAACAGUUACUUCAGCAGCAGGAGGAGCGACUCCGACAGAACCAGCAGCUUCUGCUGCUGCAGCAACAACAGCAAUAUCUUCUCACUCAGAACCUGCAGCAGGGCAGCAGGCUGUCUCCUGUGGAGGGGGAGCUUGGAGGUGGACCUGUAUUACAGACAACCCAUCAAGGUCUGCCUCCGUCACACCACAUACAGACAGCCCAUCCAGGUCUGCUUCAGUCACAUCACGUACAGACAGGAACUUCUCCAUUGCCUACAGAGGCACAGAACUUCUGUACUAAUCCAGUGGCACAGAAUCUUACACAGCAACAGAGCAUAUUUCAAACUGAAAGCAAGAAAACACCCAUGGGAGCAAGUGACAGUAUCCUGCAGGGACAAGACAUGCACAACUCACAUUCCCGAAAUCCAGGAGUUGAGGCUGAAGACAACCAGGACCAUUUAAGACAAGUUCAUCAGCACCAACAGGAUGGUUUACAGCACUACAACAUCUCAUCAGUUUCUGAGAGUUCUGUGACAGAACAACAGUACAACCCACUCCGAUUCCCUCGAAAUGUCACAUCUGUGCAAGAGUACAACCCACCGCCAGUUCCUGGAAACUUAACAACACAACAGUACAACCCACCACCAGUUCCUGGAAAUUUAACAACACAACAGUACAACCCACCCCAAGUACCAGGAAACUUAACAACACAACAGUACAACCCACCCCAAGUACCAGGAAACUUAACAACACAACAGUACAACCCACCCCAAGUACCAGGAAACAUAACAACACAACAGUACAACCCACCCCAAGUACCAGGAAACUUAUCAACACAACAGUACAACCCACUGCCAGUUCCUGGAAAUAGUGCAUCAGGACGGCAGUAUAGCCCACCAUCUAUUGCAGAGAAAACGCUGUCAGCACAACAGUACAACCCACCAUCUAUUGCAGAGAAAACGCUGUCAGCACAACAGUACAACCCACCCCCAGUCCCUGGAAAUAUUACCAUGACACAACAGAACAAUCCUCCAUCGAUCUCAACAACAAAAAGGGAAUCGGUACAAAAGGUGUAUGAUACACAUUCUGGAAACUUUCACGCAGUAGAACAAUCAAUCCCAAGACCAAGGACAUCAGUGUCACCAUUGGAGAACCAGGGACCCUCCACAGGAGAGGGAGAUUUAAUGAAGGAUCCAUCAGUUGGGAAGAAGUUUCUCCAACUGCCUCCAAAACUACAGCGCCGACAGGAGCAGACUCGAGCUGUCCAGCAGAUGAUCAACCAGAUACACAUGGAGACUCUGGAAAUGGAACAGGAUGAUACUGAUGCAGAAAAACCACAAAGAUGUUUCUGAUGGCAAACCAAAUCCAAAAACCACAAAGAUGUUUCGGAAGGCAAACCCAAACCACUGUGAUUCUUCUGAAUGAUUUGAGGAAGAGUAUGUUCAUUGUGCAAUAAUUACCAAGGGUUUGUAUGCUGUCUCAUAAUUAAAGGUUUGAGUGAUUUGUUGAACUAGUAAUACUGCAUAUAAUCAGCCUGAUAAGUGCAGUAGGCUUACAAAAGCAUGAAAGGAGUCCACUUAAUAAAACCAUAUACAUUAUACAGGGGAAAGUUUUUAUGUUGGUGGAGGUGUGCUUAUUAGGUUGAAUAUGGUAAUAUUAAGAUGUACAAAAACAGUCCCUUAGGUUUGGUUCAUCCAUAACAAUGCCUUGUUUAAUUGACAAUGCAACUACUGUAUCAAUACCGCUAAUUAAACCCAAAAAAAACUUUAUUUCAUU